CAAACUUUUUGACAGAACUUCCAUAAAUAAAUAAAAACCAGCACAAAAUAACAAUCGUUCGUCUUUGAAAUAAUGUUAGAAGAAGCAAUAUAUUUCGUAUAAGUUCUAGUGUAACCCGACGUUUACUGUAGUGAAAAAUUACAAAUAUCCAAUUUUAAAAUGGAUAUUCCAGUGCAAAUAGCUAUUCGGUUGAAGCCUCCGAGCAUUGCGGAUUCAAUGCAAUGUAUAUUUAGUAAUCCUGUUACACAAAUCGUUAUAACAGAAAGUGGUCAAACAUUUCACGUAAAUAGAGCCUUACCAGUGGAUUGCACCCAAGCUCAUCUCUUUAAUUCAUUUAUGGUUCCACAAAUCAACUGUUUCCUUGAUGGAUGUGAUACUUCAGUUGUAGUUUUCGGCCAAUCAAAGACAGGCAAAACAUAUACAUUAUUUGGUCCAGGUUUUGAAUGCAUACACAGCGAAUGUGAUCAAGGGAUUAUUCCAAGAUUUUUAACAGAAAUAUUUCAUAAACUCAGUCAAAUGCCGGAGAGAGAAUUUAUAUUACAUAUAACAUGGAUGCAAGUUAUCAACAACAAUAUAUUUGAUGUACUUGGAGGUGGUUUAAUUAGGUGUUGUAAUAUUGAAGAAGCAUUUCAAUAUUUGCAAUUAGGCUGGCGGCAAAGGUGUAUUGGUAAUUAUCACACUGUCUUCACAGUCAGUAUGGAGCAAAAGUGGGUUGGAACUAAUGGAGUUCUUAAUCAUAGAAUGUCCACUGCUAGUUUUUGUGAACUUGCUGCUUAUCCGGAGCCUGGACUAUUUGCCUUAGAGAGUAUAAUAAAAGAAUUGGUUGCUGGCAAUCCACCUAAACAAAUCAAUUAUGAUAGAUGUAUUCUAACAGCUAUGCUGAGAGAUUCUUUUGGUGGAAGAGCUUUUACGUGGGUCAUUGGAUGUAUAAGUACAGAACCUGAGGAAUAUCAGGAUACACUAAAAACGCUCAAUGUAUGUUUGUGUUGUCGUGGUAUAAAGAAUUUUGUCACUGUCAACUUGUUUGCUGAUAAUAAUACUCCUGUAUAUACUGAGAAAAGUGCUAUUCCAUCAGAUAAUUCAUUUAAUUUACAAUUUGCUACAGCACAGUGGAUAAAGUUAGUUUCAAAUGCAGAAGGCUUAUUCAAUAAGAUAUUACAAUCUAAGUCAUUAUCUGAGACUGAUAUGAAUCAAGUUAGUGAGUGGUUGUUUUUAAAAGCUGAGUGUGAUGAAUGUCUUAAUAAUGAAAUAACUGUAGAUAAUAAAGAAGUCAAUACAAAGCAAGGUUUGCCUAGAAUAGCUGAAGAUACAGAACCCAGUGAGCCAAGUGAAUCAGAUGUUGAGUCUGAUUCAGAAGAUAGUGAUUCAGAAACUGUCUUUCAAGAUAAGGUAGAAAAGAUGAUGGAAUAUUUCAGAGAAAAAAAUGACCAGUUGUAUGCUGAGAGAUGUGAAGAGUAUUUGAAUCAUAUUGAUUCAGAUGAUAUAACAAUAUCUGAAACAAGUGGAUCACAGUCAUUGCCAGUAAUGACUUCACAAUCAAAUUCUGGGAGAAGAAGAACUAUUCAACCUGGAGAAAGUAUUUCUGGUGCUCAGCUAGAGCUUUUAAGAAAAGUGGCAGCUAAAGCAAUUUCACCUGAAUCUCAGAAAAUUCUUAUAGAAUCUCAUAAAAAGGAAAUAGAUCCAGAACCAAAACUGAUAGAAAGGGAAUUAUUGAAAAUGAUAGACUCACCCAAAACUACAGAAAUCUGCAAAAAAUAUAAGAUGACUAAAGAAAAAUAUGCACAAAAACAAGUUUUAGCCAGGAAAUUGUCAAAAGAGAUUAGUACUAGUCAAUCACAAUUAAAAGAGUUAAUUAAUCUUUGUAUAUCAAAAAAAAGGCUGAUUGAUGAUCUAACAAGGAGCAUUACUAUUAAUUCUCGUAACAAAACAUAUACAGAGAGAAUAGAAUCAAAUAUUAUAGAUAUGGAUGCUAUGAAAGAAAUAAAAAGACAUGAAACUAAUUUAAAGACUUACAAAAAGCAAAUAGACCAAAUUAAGAAACAAAUAAAGAAAGAUGAGAAAAGGAAAAAUACAUUAGAUGUUGAGUUACUUAAGGAUAAAUUAAAAUUAGAUGAACUAUCAGAAACAUCUGUUGAUUUAAAGGAUAAAAAGGUCCAUACCAUCAAACACUUUACAAAUAGAAUCACUCAACUUGAUAGCAUCUUGAAAGAAAAAGCCAAUGAUUUAGCAAAUUUGGAACUUUCAAGGGAAAAAGAACUGAUGUUGAGAAAAGAAAUAAAGAAUUUGCGUAAAACUAGAGAGUGUUUGCAUGAGCAGCGGUGUAGUUUAGGACAUAAGAGAAAAUUAUAUAAAUCACUUUCAGAUUCUGAGGAAAGGAAAUUGCUAGAAUGUGAAGAAGCCAUAGAAGCUAUUGAUACUGCAAUAGAAUAUAAAAACAAUUUAAUUUGUGGAAGAUCACCUUCUGCAUCAUUAUCAGAUUCGCAAGAUAAUAAGGAUUCAAGGAGUAGAGGGGAACAAAUGUUGAUGGCAAGGCUUGAUAAAUUGUCACAUGAAGAAAUGAAAACACUUCUUUACAGGUAUUUCCAAAAGGUGGUGGACCUGCGUAGUGCGUGCACGGCGCUGGAGGCGGGGGCGGCGGCGGCGGCCGAGGAGGCGGCCGCGUGGCGCGCGCGCGCCGCCGCCGCAUGGCGACACGCGCAGCGGUCGCGCCCGCAGCCCAAUCGAUGUCUGGAUGGAGGGAAUUUCGAUCGAGCCCUUUCAUUAGGGAUCACAACGGACUCAGAGACGUCAGACGAUGCGAUGCGAUUAGUGGAUAGAAUGAGACAGCUCGCAAGAUGCCCACCGGCCCCCAUCAUUCCCAGUCAAAACUUACGCCAACUCAUGCCAGCUACUCACUUACCAGUAGCCAAAGUUACGAAGGAGAAAAACAAACUCGUGAUUGUACAGCAGAACAAAAAACACUGAUAUUAUAGUUUUGUUAAGUAUGCAUUUUUAAAUACUCAUUAUUUAUUAAUUGUAUUGUAUCUGAUAAUUAUAACAUUCGCUCUUUUUAAUGUUUGUAUAGUGUUACACCAUUUACUUUUUUUCUGUAAUUAUAUAAAUAGUUGUUAAUAAUUACGAGGUGUUUAAAGGUGUUAUUUCAUAACUAUGACACGAGCUAGAAAUGCUUUAUAAAUUACAAUAAAAUAUGUAACAUGCAUUGUCUCAUGCACUAUACAAUUUUUGCAAUUUAAUUUGGAAUACUGCAGUUUAGUGAUAUUAGAAUUAAUAUUAAUUGUAUUAUGGACAUCUAAUCAUCACAACAUUAGAAUAUAUAGUUGAAAUUGCCAAUGUAUAAACAUUAUUAAUUUUAUUGCCGAGAUCCGCCCAUCAUGUGAAAUAUUUUCACUUAUCAGGUCAUUGCUUUAUCGUUGAAUACUUUUUGAAACGUUUCAAAUUCAUUAAGAUUGCACAUGACUCUACAUAGAUGUCAUUUUUCAUACAUUAACUGCAUCCUAGAACUUAAUAUUUUGGUUAUGAACUUUUACGUUGAGCAGAGUUUUUAAAAUUAUUCUAAAUUUUUGUUGAAUUUUAUGAAGUAUAUUACUAUGAAUAUUGUAUAUUUAUAUUCUAUCUAGCUUCAUAAUAAACAAUAGAAUUUUCGACAGUAACAUUUUUAAACGUUAGAAGGAAUAAAAAAAGAGUACCCAUAACAUACAACUCACGAUUUUUACUUAUAAUCCGCGAUUUUGUCCACUUGACGUUUCGAAUAUUAAACGUGUUUUACAGUAGUUGAUCUUUUUGCGCGCGUAGUCCAAGAAUAUUUCAAAUGUAAUGUUCUCCAGCUUUAUAGUAAUUUCCAAACACAAAAACCUUACAAACAUUCCUUACCUAGUGGGGGGAUAAUGGAGCCAAAUCUAGCUACAUCUUAUCAAAUGGGGAAGCAAGGUGAUACCAUUCGGAAAAAACCCACAAGUA